CAAACAUUUUAGUAUAUAGUUCUAUUUGGAUAGUUGAUUGUUUUGGUAUUACCAAAGAUCCAAAAACAAAUAAUUUUAUGAUGGUAAUGGAAUUAAAAAAUGGUAGCUUAAGACAACAUUUGAAUAACAACUUCAUUUCACUGAAUUGGGAGCAAAAGUUGGGGAGUAUACAAAGUAUUGCACAUGGUCUUAGUGAUAUUCAUAAAAAAGGAUUAAUUCAUAAUGAUUUUCAUUGUGGAAAUAUAUUAAGUAAUUUUAAAGAACAUGCUUAUAUCACUGAUUUGGGAUUAUGUCGACCAGCAAAUGUCAAAUCCUCUCAAAAUAAUAAUAAAAAAAUAUAUGGAGUAUUACCUUAUGUAGCUCCGGAAGUUUUAAGAGGAAAAGAAUAUACUCAAAAAAGCGAUAUUUAUGGAUUUGGAAUCAUUGCAUAUGAAAUUUGUACAGGUUUCCCUCCUUAUUAUGAUAUAUCUCAUGAUGAAUUCUUAGCAAUGAAAAUUUGUAAGGGGUUGAGGCCAAAGUCUAAUUAUAAAAUUCCUCAAUUAAUUUUUGACAUUAUUAAUCAAUGUUGGGAUGCAGACCCUUUAAAACGACCUAAUGCAGUUAGAUUAAAUAAUUUAUUUUUUGAUUUAUGGAAAGAUAUCGCUUACAAGAAAAUGGAUUCUGUAAUUUAUGGGCAAGUUAAAGAAGCAGAUGAUAUUAAUAAAAAGUUAUCUUUUUCAUCACCUUUGAUAUCCACUGGUACUAUAUCAUAUAAAACACAUCCUCAAGCGGUUUAUACAAGUAGACUUUUAGAUUUUAAUAAUCUUCCAGAACAAAAAAAUGCCGAUAAUAAUAAUGAUUUACUUGGAAUAGAAUAUUCAGAUUCCUUAAAAAUCGAUUUUACUAAACUUGAUAUUAAUUCUAAAGAUGAAAGUAAUUAAACUCGGAUUACUUAAUAUUAAAGUAUAAAAGAUUAUUAUAUUUUUAUUUGUAUUUGUAUUUUGAAAUUGGAGAUUAAAGAAUUAUUUAUUAUAUAAAUUUUCCAAAUCUAUAUAAAUUUCCUAAUUUAAACGGUCUUCAGAUUGGAGUCCUGCACAAAACUUCAUAUUUUUGAAUCCGAUUCGGUUCCAAUAUCUUCGUGUUUAUUUAUUAAUAAAAUUUGUAUUUACUAUUAAAAUAAAUUUUUGUACUGUAUUUAUUUUGUUAAUAAAGUUAUUUAUAUUA